AUGUUCAUUUCAAAAAAGAAAAUAUUAUUUUUCAGAAAUCCGGUAAACUUCUUGCUACUAAACUUAGCUGUGGCUGACAUGAUGUUUGCCCUGUUCAUUGGACAGCGAUUUGUUCUUGUACAUCUUUACCCGCAUCCUGUUGGAUUAUCUGGCAGUCUGCUUUGCAAGUCUCAUAAUCUCACGUGGGUUGGUGGGGCGGCCUCUGUCUUCACAUUAGUGGCAAUCGCUUUUGAACGCUUCUAUGCUGUGAUUUAUCCCUAUGGGAACAAGGGAAAAGUAACUUACGGAAAGUUGAAGGUUGGUUGAGUAAUUAUACCGGAAAACGCGGGGUCAGAAUUUUUAUCUGUACUGAAAAUUCUAGUAGGUUUUUGUCAUAUCACCGAAAUUCUAAUUAUGGUAAAGACACGCUUCCCCUGGAGUUUAAAAAGACGCUCCCAUAUAGAUGUCAUGGAAAAGAUAUAUUAUUUGCAAAAUGGUUUGUAGACUAAGAUGACCAGCUUAAUCAUAACUAUAACAAAAUUGUCAAAUCUGAUUGGCUAUCAACUGCCCUGAUUUCAGCCUUAAUUGGACAGUUUAAUAGGACAGUACGCGUCAUGCCUAAGUAAUUGGACAGUACGCGCCAUCGCGCGCGCGCUUAAAUGGCUUUAUUUUUUCACUGCUAGCAAAACAAAAUUUGGAAUUUCUUGUGUUUUGAUUUAAAAAAUAGCCUAUUUUAUCACAAAUUUUGUUAAAGUUAUGAUUAAUUGGUAACAGAACUUCGUGUCGUCCAAUUCGUUCUGUAAUCAUGCUCGUGAUUAAACAAAUCGGACUCCCGCUACGCGGUCGUCCGAUUUUGUUAAUCACUCGUAUGAUUACAGACCGAAUUGGACUCCACUCAGUCCUGUUACCAUUACUAAUCAUAACUAUAACAAAAUUCUUAAACCUGAUUGGCUAUCAACUGCCCUGAUUUCAGUCUUUUAAAUAGGACAGUACGCGUCAUGCCUAAGUAAUUGGACAGUACGCUCCAUUACGCGCGCGCUUAAAUGGCUUUUUUUUUCACUGCUAGCAAAAAAAUGUCGGAAUGUAUUGUGUUUUGAUUCAAAAAAAGAGCCUGAUAUAUCACAAAUUUUGUUAUGGUUAUGAUUAAUUGGUAACAGAACUUCGUGUCGUUCAAUUCGUAGGGGCACCCAAUGUCAAUUUUCGGAAAAUAUCUGUUCGGAAAACGAUUUUAGAUCUAGAAUUUUCAGAACAUUUGUUGUAAAAUUUCUUACUUAUCUGCCUCUCCUAGGAUUUUCGAACAUCUAAAUAAUGGCAUAAGUGCUCAUUUUUAACGGAUUUUUACCCUAAAAAGGUCACCUAGAAUUUUCGGGGAGCCUUUUUUCUGGCUGAAAUUUUCGAAAAGGUUAGUUAUGAUCCCUAUAAUUUUCGAAUCACUAGACUUUCAGCUAGGAAAUCCGAACAGAUGAAAAAUUUUUAGUAUAUAAAAAUAUGCCUAUAUCUACCGUUUAAGUACUAAAAUACGUUUAACAAUGCUAUGUCUCUGUGGUUUUGAACUAUAUUCUCGUUGGGUGCCCCUGAAUUCGGUCUGUGAUCAUACUCGUGAUUAAACAAAUCGGACUCCCGCCGCUACGCUGUCGUCCGAUUUUGUAAAAAUCACUCGUAUGAUGACAGAGUGAAUUGGACUACACUCAGUACUGUUACCAUUACUUAUAGGCUAUGAUUUGCCUUAUUGGUAUCUCCCGCCUCAUGUAAUCUAAUUUUCCAACAAUGGAAUUGUUUAGACCUUCUCACAGUAAAGACAAAAGUAUUUUUAAUGAUUGCACUCAUACUUACUUUGUCUUUAGAUUUUUAUACCCAUUUCGUGGAUCUGCGCAACUAUACUUAAUAUUCCUCUAUUCCUCACGGUGUAUUUUGACGAAAAAGCUAGUUUUUGUCUGGAAUACUGGCCAAAGGACUGGCUCCCCAAGGCAUACAGCCUCACCUGGUUUUUCGUUGCUGGCAUCAUUCCAGUUAUAUUGAUGGCUGUGAUGUACUCCAGAGUGGUGUACUCGUUGUGGUUCAAACAUCAAAGGAGCGACUCAGAAAACACACGCCAGGUAACGUUACAUUCAUUGUAAUAAUGAAUAAUAAUUAGUAGACAAACUUCUUAAUAAGGCUAUGUUUAUCAGCGUUGACUAAUUUUUAGGCUCGUAGAUUUCGACCUUUGUCAUUUCAUAAGCUUAUCAGUGACAUUCCUAUACUGUACAACAACAUUGGGGAUUUAAUAUUUUCUUGAUAAUUGUGUUUAUAAAUAGGUUGUUUAUUCUUCAGGGCGUUCUGAAAGUAAGAAAGCGAGUCACGAAAAUGGUUCUGACCGUGAGUAUUAUCUAUGCUCUGUGUUGGCUGCCAAACCUGAGCGUCUAUGCGUUGGCCUACCUCAGUCCUUCACAGACAUAUGGCACCGUGCUUUAUAUCACCUCCAUUGUCCUGGUCACGUGUAAUUCCGCGGUAAAUCCUUUCAUCUACGUGUUCGUGAAUCAAAAAUUUCGUGAAAAAAUUGAAAAUCUGUUUUGC